AAAUGAACAAUAUAAAUUAGAACUAAUACUUGGAGAGAUAUCAUAUGGACCAUUUAAUGAAACUUACAAGCAUACAUUUGAAGACAGAAUUAAACUGAAUAAAGAAGCAAAAGAUUCAUUAGACAAAAUGAACUGUGAAUAUGACAAAGAAAGUAUAGAAGACGAAGAUGAUGAAGAUGAUGAAAGUGACAAUAGUGACUAUGAUAAAAGUGAAGAUGAUAGUAGCGAAAUAGAAAGUGAAACAAGUGAAACAGAAAAUAAUUGA